AUGGAAAUACUUACUCCAGCGAAAAAAGUUUUACUUACUCCUGAUAUUUUAUACGGUAUUUCUUCUUAUUUUGACCGUCAAGAUGACCUCCUAAGAUGUGUCUUUGUACAUCCUAUGCAAUUAUGGAAAGCUCCCAUAUGGAAAACUAAAGAAUCUGUCUGUCUCUUUUUACGUACUCUUCGAAAAGUAAAAUCUUUCUUUUUAUACGGUCAUAUGGUCCAUAGAAUCGUAUUUAAAAUUUUCAGGUCUUAUGAUACCACUUCUGCUUUUACCGCUAAUGAUCUUAGAGUGAUUUCUCGAAAGUGUCCUAAUUUGAGGCAUCUUACCUUUGCAACUACGGCUCCACCUUUCUCCCAUUCAAAUGUAGAACUUCUUUUAAAUUCUGCUCCUAACUUAAUCACUUUCUCUGUACUUGAUUGUGAUAGUCAAUGGUUAGAAGGUGCGCUUACGCCGUUACGCCAAGGUCGAUGCCCUAAAUUACAGCAUUUAGAGAUAAAUGACUGUAAUAGGUCUUGGUCUUUUAAUGUUCUUAGAGAUAUUGGUGAAAGUUGUCCUUCUAUUAUUUCUUUGAAAUUAUAUCAACGUGUAAACUCUUUACAAUUAGCAAAGUUGAUCGUUAACUCUUUCCCAAAUCUUCAAACUUUCGAAUGUAAAUAUAUUAAUGAAGCUGGAUUACAAGGUCUCAUCAUUGGUUUACAUAAUCUUAAAUCUUUAAGUGCUCAAUUCGAAAAUGAUAUUCAAGUUUCUGAAUCUUUGGCUCCUAAAUUCGCUAAAUUGGAAGCUCUCAGGAUAAGAGCUAUUCAUGUUCAAGAUCAUAAUCCUCUUUUCUCUGUAGCUUUUUCUCAACAUCAACCUUGUCUUAGACAAUUAUAUUUAGCUACUUUACAUAUAACUGAUAAAACUAUCAAGAUGAUCGCUAUGAAUUGUCAUCAUUUAGAAUCUAUAGAAUUAUUCAUGUGUUUUUAUUUAACAGAUGUGGCAAUUUCAACUAUAGCUCAAUAUCGUGGAAAAAAACUUAAACAUUUAAUGUUAGCUUAUAAUGCUUAUAUUACUGAUACUGGAAUAAAUCAAAUAGCUACUCAUUGUACUGAAUUAAAAUCUGUUGUCAUCAUAUCUUGUGCAAGGUUGACUAAUGUUGCUUUCAAUAACAUAGCUAGAGAAUGUAAAGGUCUUAUUGAAGUUACCGUAAGGCAUGAUUCUUGUCAAAUGUUGGCUUCUAUUGUUCAUACUUUGGCAACUAGAAAUAAAGGAACAUUAAAAGUUUUGAAAGCUUAUGAUGUUAGCACUAAAGAAGUUGAUAAAAGAUCAAAAUAUAAAGCUGAUGUAAAUGUUUUAGAAAGACUUGCUAUACGAUGUCCUCAACUAAGAACUUUGGUGCUCAAAUGUUGUAUUCAAGAAAAAGAUCCAACUGUAGAAUUACAAAUAUCCACAUCUAUGAAAUUCUCAUCUUCACAUAUAAAACAAUUAGAAAAACACAGGAGAUUAAAAUAUGUAACAAUUAUUCAUGGACCUCUUUUAAAUGCAAGAUCUCGUAUUCAAGAAUCUAGACUUGAAUCAACUGUUGGGAUGAAUAUUACUUUACUUACACCGAUGAUUUAUAAUGUAAAUGUUUAUUCUAAAGGAGGAGGAGGUGAUGGUCCUUCCUCUUCAUCAUCUGGUUCAUAUAGUAGUGGUUCAAGUUCCAGUUCAAAUUCUUAUACAACAUCGUUAUGGGUCUUUUGGUAUUAUGAUGAUGGAGGUAGAAGAGAUGAUCGUAUAUAUAAUACUGAUACUGAAACAGCAUUUGAUGAUUAUAUGCGUGAAAAUGAAAUUCCAUCAAAUAAUCAUAGUAGAAAUCAAACAGAAUCGCAAUAUCCUUCAUUAGAUGAUCCACCACCAGCUUACGAUACAACUUAUGGUGCUGAAAGAAAUUUACAUGCUUUAAGGCAUAAUGCCUCUUAUGAUGCAUAUAAAGCUGGUAGACAAUUUUCCCGAGAUAAUCCUCCUCAUGAAAUCUUACCACCAAGAGAACAUAUUGUGUACAUUAUAUUAAAUGGAGGUCCUAAAGCUUGGAAAAUGGUAAUAUAUGGUAGUAACGCUAAUGACCUUGUAAGUGUAUCAAAUAGAGGGCGUACUGUAACAUUCCAUGGAAAAAAUGAUACAAUGGUACAAGCAAAUUAUCCGCUUUUCAGACCACAGCAUAAUAAUGAUGAUUCCUCACAACUAAAUUCAAACAUAGUAACUUCAGCAAUUUCGAAUAAUAUAGCACCUCCAUCAGAUUUACCUCCAGAUUAUGAACAAAGUUCAUCUGAAAAAUCUAUUUCAUCAUCAUCAAAUUGGAAUCAGGAUUCAGGACCUUGGUUUUAUUAUUUUGAAAUAACAAUAAUAUCAAAUUCUAACAAACGAGAUUCAACUAUAGCUAUUGGAUUAACUACUAAACCAUAUCCCAGUGAGCCUUAUUUUAACCGUAUUAUUAAAAAAAAAAAAGAAUUCUUGAAAUUCUUUGUGUUUUUAAGGAUAGUUCAGGGGUGGAAUAAACAUUCUGUUGGAUAUCAUUCAGAUGAUGGAUGCAAAUUCUAUAAUGAUGGUUUGGGAGGUCGAAAUUAUGGUGAAAGGUGGGGUGAUGUUGGAUGUGGUUACUACCCUGAUACAGGCAUAGUAUUCUUUACAAAAAAUGGAAAAUCCCAAGGUAAUGCUUUUUCAGGAUUAAAACACAUCUGGUUCCCAACCGUUGGAGCUGAUAAUAAAUGUAAAGUUGAAGUUAACUUUGGUGAUGGAGAAAAUGAAUUUCGAUAUGUAGAAGCCAGAGGAAUGUGUGUUUCAGGGCCAAGGAUAUUACCUCCUAAUGGAUAG